AUGGGAUCUUUGGCCUGCCAACAGGCGACGACUAGCUCUGCUGCCAACCUUGCUAAUUACACCUUGAUUUCUACAGGCACACCGUCAGGUCAGAGUCAUUUGGUUCAAGCUGCUCUUCUGACUACUGCUACUCCAGGCGCAUCGGCCACACCACAUCCUAUAGCUAGUGUUAAAGAUGGUAGUAUCGUUGCCUCUGCUGCUAGAACUGGAGCACAAUCAGCUGCUCGCGUGAUCCUCGUGGACCCAACUUCCGGACAGGUUAAUACAUUACAAUAUAGGAAACUGUUCACACAUCUCAGAGCUCACUAUUUUUUUGCGGAAGACAAUAAUAGUUGGAUCCCUUCUUAUAGUUAA